CUUCCACACAGGCUGCUCUCUCUCUCUCUGUCUGGACUCCUGCGAUCAGUGAGUGGUAGCCUGGUACUCAAGUGGUGAGGGAAGAAAUAAAUUGAAGUAGUACCUGAUGAACAGCAGCAGCUAAGGAAGAAUUGGUUCCUAAGGACAUCCUUGAACAUGUCGGCCCGCGAUUGGAAGGAGCUGCCGAACCGGUACAUGCUGCGGGAGCAAGAUCGCCAUGGUGGCAUUCCAGCCGUGGAGGAGAUGCCGGAGCCCCUCCCAUUGGUUGAUAUCAGUCGGCUGCCUGCCGCCGAUGAGGCUGCCAAGCUCCGGGUGGCACUUGAGAACUGGGGACUCUUCCUGGCAACAAAACACGGAAUUGAAACAUCGCUCUUGGACGCUCUGUUGGAUGGCGGAAGGGAGUUCUUUCAUCAGCUGCCGCAAAUGAAGCAAGAAUUUAGCCAUCAGAUAGGCGGCAGCCAAGAUCAGCCCAUAGACUGGUCUGAGCGGGUGCGCUUGGCGAUCGAGCCAGAGGAUGAGAGGGACAUGUCCCGUUGGCCCAAUUACCCACAUUAUUUCAGGGAUGUGAUGCAGGAGUACGUAUGUAAAUCAAAGAAGAUUAGAGACCAAGUCGUGCGAGCAAUCGCCAGGCUCCUAGAGCUAGAGGAGGACCACUUGGUCAGCAUGUUCACGGACAGGGCCAUCACCUUCGCAGUGGUCAACUACUACCCGCCAUGCCCGGCGCCUGACGGUGUGUUCGGCUUCAGGCCUCAUUCCGAUGGCCGUGUGAUCACGAUUCUCCUCACGGACAAGGCCAUCGGUGGCCUGCAAGUUUGCAAAGACGGCAGGUGGUGGUACAAUGUUCCGACGAAACCUGGUUGUCUGCUCAUAUUCGUGGGAGACUCCCUGGAGGUAAUUAGCUUCCUGUAAAUCCAAUCAACUUUUCUUUUCUUUCGCUCCUACCUCCUAACGUCGAUGUAAAACUGGAAUGUAGAUAAUG